GUCCACCCCGGACCCCGGCUCUGGCUCUCCCCGCCGGCGACUCGGAAUCCGCCAGUGUGUUUCACUUCCAGUCUCGGCGAGGUGGAGCUGCGUCGACCGUGUAUAUCCAGCUGGUGUCAAAAAGCCGGAUAAUCAAACCGUUAACACCCAGUCCAAGUGCUGGUUCGGGUCCUCGGCGCUUUGAGGGAGCAGAGAGCUGGAUGCAGGUGACAUGGCCCUGGUGCCCUACGAGGAGACAGCGGUAAUGGGCUUGCAGAAAUUCCACAAACCUCUUGCCACCUUCUCCUUUGCGAACCACACGAUCCGGAUCCGGCAGGACUGGAGACAGCUGGGAGUCGCCGCGGUGGUUUGGGACGCGGCUGUCAUUCUCUCCGCGUAUCUGGAGAUGGGAGCUGUGGAGCUGAGGGGCCGCCGUGCGGUGGAGCUGGGGGCCGGCACCGGGCUGGUGGGCAUAGUGGCUGCCCUGCUGGGUGCUCAUGUGACUAUCACGGAUCGAAAAGUAGCAUUAGAAUUUCUUAAAUCAAAUGUUCAAGCCAACUUACCUCCCCAUAUCCAACCCAAAGCUGUUGUUAAGGAGCUGACUUGGGGACAAAAUUUGGGGAGUUAUUCACCUGGAGAAUUUGACCUGAUACUUGGAGCUGAUAUCAUAUAUUUAGAAGAAACAUUCACAGAUCUUCUUCAGACUUUGGAACAUCUCUGUAGCAACCGCUCCGUGAUUCUUUUAGCUUGCCGAAUUCGCUAUGAACGGGAUAACGACUUCUUGGCGAUGCUGGAGAGGCAGUUUACUGUGACUAAGGUUCACUACGAUCCUGACAAAGACGUACAUAUUUACAAAGCACAGAAGAGAAACCAGAGGGAGGACUUCUAGUUGGCUGUAAUUUUUAGGAAUGUUGUUAUUGAGCGUGUUGGUGAAGGUCUUAGCCUGGGAAUUGAACCACAUUUGAUGAAAUGGCUCCUGAACAAAAAGUCUAACCAACCAAAGGUUCCCAAGGGACAAAGCACAUGUGCCGUUUGAAAACAAAGUGGCACUUUGUCCCACUGCUGUGACUUCAUAGUCCUAUUUUACUCUGAAAAGUCCAACUAGCAUUAAAGGAAUGUAUGAGAUAUCUGUAUCCCAUACUGCCCCCUCUUGGUAAACAAUUUUCACUGGUGAUAGAAUGAAGGGCUGGUAUAAAAGGGCCUUCAAAGCAGUGAGCUUGUUUCGGUGAGGCUAACCCAUGCAAAUUCUAUUAAAUACAUUCUGAGAUACAUGUUUAGCCCAGUUUUCUAAUUUUCGGAAUAUAAAGCAAGAGGCUUAAUGUAUAUUCCCUGAGCUGUUGAUGCUCUUGAAAUCUUUUGUCUGCCCCAUUUAGGUUUUAAGCAUUACUUUGGGUUACUUGAGAUUAGGAUGUGAGUUCCCUGAGGUCUCAUUUCAUGCUUUUUGGCUUCAUUUCCGAUUUAGGCAUACAAACAAAUGAAGUAAAAGUAAAAGUUGAGUUACGUCUUGAAA